UCGUAACCAAAUUCGGCUCGACAUAGUUGAGAAGUUAUAUUCUUUAUAUAUAGCUUUAAAAUAUUUAAAGAAUGGUGACGUAAGAGGUUCUGCCGAACCGUAUCCGUUUGUGUCCGUGCCGCUUCUAUACUAUAGGUGUACGUAGUAAAGGGGUGAAGCACCCUCUGAGUAAUGGUUGUUCUUGUUCUGGGUGUUGUAACAGGUGUUGGUGAUGAUUUUGGUGCGUUCGUGGUGAACAUGUGGAUCCAAGGACCAACAAGAAUACUAAUAAGCCAUCUCUCUUUCAUGCAGUGGCAUUUUCCCAUUAUUUUCUUAUACUCUUUCUUAUGCAAGCAAAUUAAGGCCUUUAUUAUCUUUAAUUCCUUUUUUUUUACCCGUUAUCUGUCUGUUCUUAUCGUUGUUUCUUAGUACAUUGUACUCACUAUCUAAUUCCGUUGAAUUGUAUAAAAGCUGAAUUAGCAAAAUCUAAUAAAAUUAUCGAACUUUGGAAAAAGAUAUUUUCGAAGGAUAUUACCUGAGAAUCUAGUGCUAUUACAUUCGAAAAUAUCUGCUUCAAUUCUGUUAUCAUCACUGUCAUUAGAAAAAUUAAACUAAAUGUAAAUUAAAAAGAUCCGGUCCGCGUUAACUGUCCGAUAAAAUGUCAAAUCGUUUGCCUAUUGAAUUUCGGAGACAAAUAGCCUUAGUCACGUGGCUAGAAAGUUGUUGUGCA